AUGGCGUUCUCCGAUGUUGGCCUGAGGGGCCUCCAUCACCUCGUCCGACGGGACGACAGUGAUGACCCCAGCAAUACUCCGCCGACGGCAUCGGCACUCGUCUCAACUCUUGUGCCGGCCUUGAUAUCGGCCGGAGCGAUGGUUCUGAUCUUCCUGAUCCUUCGUCGCAGUCAGCGCCGGAUGUAUAUGCCGCGAACAUACCUAGGAACCUUGCAAUCUUGGGAGCGUACUCCUCCCACCUCUACUACCCCAUGGGGUUGGAUCAUUGACAUGUACAAAUUGCCCGAUGAAUACGUGCUGCAACACCAUUCGAUGGACGCUUACCUUUUGAUUCGCUUCCUUAAAUUGGUAUCCAUGAUAUGCUUAGUGGGCGCCUGCAUGACGUUCCCUAUCUUGUUUCCCAUCAAUGCUACUGGAGGUGGGAAUAAUGUGCAAUUGAAUAUUCUGAGCAUGUCCAACGUCGAAGAAAGCAAGUAUGAGCGUUACUUCGCGCACGCCUUUGUCGCAUGGCUCUUCCUUGGCUUCGUCAUGUAUACCGUUACACGUGAAAGUAUCUUUUAUAUCAAUUUGCGCCACGCCUACGCCCUUUCCCCAGCCUACGCCAGUCGGCUUUCGUCUCGGACCGUGCUGUUCACCGCUGUUACUCAGGACUAUCUCAACCGUGACAAGAUUCGCAAAAUGUUCGGUACUGACAAAGUGAAGAAUGUCUGGAUCUCUACCGAUACAUCCGAAUUGGACGACAAAGUGAAAGAGCGUGAUGAUGCUGCCAUGAAGCUCGAGGCUGCGGAAACAAAGCUUAUCACUCUCGCGAACAAGGCACGCCUCAAGGCCAUGAAGAAACAGGGUUCUGUUGAAGACGGCCCCCCGACCCCCAGCGAAGAACCCAAUGACGAGUCGGGCUCAGUUGCAGCCCGCUGGAUUAAACCGUCCGAGAGGCCCACGCACAGACUCAAACUACUCAUUGGAAAGAAGGUUGAUACGAUCAAUUGGGCCCGAUCUGAAAUUGAGCGCCUGGGUCCUGAGAUCGAAGAGCUGCAGGCCAAGCACCGAGCUGGCGAUGCAAAGUUGGUUUCCUCGGUUUUUGUCGAAUUCUAUCAUCAGGCGGAUGCUCAGUCUGCCUAUCAGUCUGUGGCCCACAAUCUGCCUCUUCACAUGGCUCCCCGCUAUAUCGGCCUGGAGCCCACUCAGGUUAUCUGGUCUAACCUCCGUAUUCGGUGGUGGGAACGCGUCAUUCGGAACUUCGCAACUGUCGCAUUCGUUGUCGCCCUCAUCGUCUUUUGGGCAAUUCCCACGGCCGUGGUUGGUUCCAUUUCGAACAUUACUUUCUUGACCGAGAAGGUCCCUUUUCUUAGGUUUAUCAACGAUGUCCCAAGCUGGAUUCGGGGUGUCAUCACUGGUCUUCUACCUACUGUUCUGCAGUCCAUACUGAUGGCUCUGGUGCCAAUCAUCCUGCGAUUAAUGGCCAAGCUUGGUGGUGCGCCAACCGCCGCGGCUGUCGAGAUGACCACCCAGAAUUUCUACUUCGCGUUCCAAGUCAUCCAAACAUUCCUGGUUGUCACUAUUGCGUCUUCCGCUUCUAGUGUGGUCUCGGAUAUCAUCAACGAUCCUACAUCUGCUGCGUCGCUCCUGGCUAAGAAGAUCCCACAGGCUUCCAACUUCUACAUAUCUUAUAUCAUCUUGCAGGGGUUGUCGUUCAGCGCUGGUGCGCUUCUUCAGAUUUCUGGUCUAAUCCUGGGCAAGGUUCUGGGCACGUUGUUGGAUAAUACCCCCCGUAAGAUGUUCACUCGUUGGUCCUCACUUUCUGGUCUAGGCUGGGGAACGGUAUACCCCGCGUUCACCUUCCUGGUAGUCGUCGCUAUCACCUACUCGUGUAUCGCUCCCUUGGUGCUCGGGUUCGCGACCAUUGGUCUGUACCUGUUCUACUUCGCUUACCGGUACAACAUGUUGUAUGUAUCCAAUGCGGACAUUGACACUCAGGGCAAAGCCUAUACACGCGCCUUGCAGCAUAUCACCGUCGGCUGCUACCUGCUGAAUGUUUGUCUCAUUGGUCUCUUCGCCAUUGCGACCGGUGCUCGCAGAAUUGCUCUCGGCCCUCUCAUCCUCAUGAUCAUCUCCCUUGUUGUCCUGGUCAUCUACCAUAUUUCUCUGAACCAGGCGCUGGAUCCUCUCAUCAACUAUAUCCCAAAGAAUCUGGAAACAGAGGAGGAGGCCCUUCUGAUGCAGGAGAAAGGCGAGCACACAGAUGAUGCCGGCGCCAGUGCCCCUGGAAAGGAGGGCGUUGACAACGGUGUUACCAACGUUGAUUCGGCUGAGAAGGGCCUAACCGGACCAGCUCCGGCGCCCAAGGUAAACUUCUUGACCAAGUGGUUGCGCCCCGACAAAUACGAUGGCUACACCCAGCUGCGGCGUUUUGUCCCCAAUUCCUCGGCUAUCACAACUUAUACCCCCGAAGUUGAACGCGACGCAUAUUUCCACCCUUCCAUCACCUCCCAGCCACCUCUUCUUUGGAUCCCUCGUGAUCAAAUCGGCGUGAGCAAGCAGGAAAUAAAGCAUACCUCGCGGGUGAUUGCCAUCACCGACGAGGAUGCGUGGUUGGACGAGAAGAACAAGAUCCACUGGGACAUGGAUAAGGGUGUUCCGCCUAUCUAUGAAGAGAAGAUCCACUACUAG